AAUAAUAGUGCAUAUACGUUAGAACAAAGAUUGGAUUAAUUACAUGAAAAUUCCAUGAAUUCAUUGUCAGAAGAAUAACUUCACAUAGACGACAGCGCCGUCUGUGAUCUUUUCUAGUUUUCAGAUUGUGGCGCUAAUUUGUUUUGUUUAUUGUGGAUGUUGAUUAUAUUUUGUGAAUUAUUGUGUUUUAUUAUUGUUUUCUGUGAUACUCGAUACGAUACCAUGAAGCAAAACUACAUGUUACUAAGAUGGCGGCCCUCCUACUUGAUUUCUAAUCCUUGAAGUUGUAACUCCCCAUCAGUUAUGAUAAAUUCAUGAAAAGUGUUAAAACUCCAGGGAAAGUGUUCAGGAUGCCUCCAGAUAAAAAGGGGAAAGGCAAGAGCCUUAUUCCGACUUUCAUCAAUCAAAGCAACACAGCUACUGUCCUCACUGUGAAUGGUGAAGAAGAACAGGAUGCCAACGCAGGUAUCACUUACUUUGUGGACGAGGAGGGGCGCUAUUAUUACCAGCCCGCAGGGGACAACCAGAACAUUGUCUCCUUGCCCGCAACAGUCUCUCAAGAAAAUGUGCAGAACAUAGAAGCGGCAAUGCCUGAAGAUGAGCAGAUGAUGGUGGACGGGGACCGUUACCAGACCGUCACCAUCAUGCCAUCGGAGACCAGCACUGGGGAGGUCAGCUAUGUUCUUGUGGUUCAAGAUCAAGUGGGAAAGGUGGAACAAGAAGAGAAGAACGAUGAUGUGUACAUAUUUGACGAGGAGGAGGCCAACGAUGAGGAGCAACAACAGUCCGAAGCCGAGGAGCUGCUUGAGAAGAAACCGAAGCCGGUCACUGGUGGCAAGAAGACCUCCCGUCAGUACUUGAGGCCACAUUUCACAUGCAGUUUCUGUACAUACACCAGUCACAGGAGGUACCUCCUCCUUCGCCACAUGAAGACUCACUCUGAGGACCGCCCGCACAAGUGCAAUGUGUGCGAGCGCGGUUUCAAGACUGUCGCCUCGUUGCAGAAUCAUUUGAACAUGCACAACGGAGUCAAACCGCACAUCUGCAAGUAUUGCAAGAGUCCAUUCACGACGUCCGGUGAACUCGUGCGCCACGUCCGGUACAAACACACGCACGAGAAGCCGCACAAGUGUUCGGAAUGCGACUACGCGUCUGUGGAACUGUCUAAGCUACGCCGUCACGUUCGAUGCCACACUGGAGAACGACCUUAUCAGUGCCCACACUGCACGUACGCCUCUCCGGACAUGUUCAAGCUGAAGCGUCACCUUCGAACGCACACGGGGGAGAAGCCUUACAAGUGCGAUCACUGCAACAUGUGUUUCGCUCAGUCCAACUCGCUGAAAGCACACAAACUCAUACACAAUGUUGCCGAAAAGCCUGUGUUCGCUUGUGAGCUAUGCCCGGCCAAAUGUGGUCGCAAAACUGACCUCCGCAUACACGUUCAGAAACUGCACACUUCUGACAAACCGCUGAAGUGCAAACGAUGCGGAAAAUCUUUCCCCGACCGCUACUCUUGCAAAGUUCACAAUAAGACACACGAAGGCGAGAAGUGCUACAAGUGCGAACUGUGCCCGUACGCUUCGACCACGCUCAGACAUCUCAAGUCUCACAUGCUGAAGCACACUGACGAGAAGCCGUUCGUUUGCGAUCUGUGCGACCAGUCGUUCAGGCAAAAGCAGUUGCUGCGGCGGCAUCAAAACAUAUACCACAAUCCGAAUUACGUGGCCAAGCCGCCCAAGGAAAAGACGCACACUUGCCACGAAUGUAAACGGACCUUUGCACAUAAAGGCAACCUGAUCCGGCAUUUGGCCGUCCACGACCCUGACUCCGGCCACCAGGAGCGGGCCAUGGCGCUGAAGAUCGGCAGGCAGAGGCAGGUCAAGAUCAUUGAUGGAGAAAUACAUGUGGAAGAGCCUAUGUCGCCGGAGCACGAGGAGUCAGGAAACGAGGAGGAAGAGGCAGCUGCCAACAUCGUGAAGCUGGGCAUCGAUCAGUUGAAGAGGGGGGAGAUAGUUCCGGUGUCGGACGGCGACGGGGAGCAGUACGUGUUCCUCGAGGUGAUCCAGCUGGAAGACGGCAGCGAGCAGCAGGUGGCGCUGGUGGCGCCCGAUUAUAUGGAGGAGGAGCAAGAAGAGGAAGAAGAAGAAGAUGAGGAAGAACAAGAAGUGAAGGAUGUGAAGCAGGUGGUGGUGGCGGCGCGGGCGGCCGAGCGGAACAUUAAAUUGGAGAAGGAUGUUGACACUUGCUUCGGGUUCGACGAGGAGGAAGAGCCCGAAGAAGAAUUCAAUGAGAAAAUCGUUCUCCGUCUGGGUUAAAAUUAGUUGGUACUUUUUCGCAGCAUGAACUGGCAACACCGCCAAUCGAACGUGGAUGUCCUCUUUUCAAUUUGAAUUUCGAUCUGUCAUUGUUUAGUCCAAUCACGCAAUAGCCGUUGUGGGUUCCAGUUUUGAAUGGACUGUGAAAAAACGAAUAACAUUUUUGUUACUGUAUGUAGACGUUGAAAUAUUUUUUUAUCGUCCAUUAUCAGUUCAAUAUAAAACAUGCACUGUAAAAACACGGGCUAAGGGCUUGAACUGAUAAACUGCAUAGGACACGUGAGAUGACAUUUUGCGAAUACUGAAACAAGUACAUAAAUACAUAUAUACAAGAUAUAAAGGUUAUGGCGUCACAACCAUCUGUAUAGUCUUAUAAACAAUAUAAGAUUUAAUAUAAUAUAUAUGUAUCAUAUAUACCUAUAGUCUUAUUGUUCCAAAAUAUUGUAUGAAAUUAUAUAAAUCAAGAUUUUUAUGUAAAAUCUGACAUUAUAAUAAAUUAUCAUGAAAAAUAAUUAUGUUGACACAUAUAUUCUAUUGAAACUUAAGAAUUGAGGAAAGAUUUUUCUUCUUAGUAUGUAUUUCUAUUGUAUUAUGUUCUGUUUUGGUGUCUGGCACGAUACCAUCUUCGGAAAAGGACGAAUACAUAACAUACAGUCGUAUGAAAAGUUACUGCAUACUGCAUGCAUGCAUGGCACUAUGAUGCCGUAAUAUAGGUAAAAUUGCGGUAAAUUUGGGUAGGUUGAUGUGUUGUUGAGUGUACAACGUACAGUGUGUAAGAAUAUUUGUGACGUCAUAUGCCACGUCACUUCUUUAUUUUGACGGCUCUUUGGGUUUACAUCCCUUGGGUCUUGAUUGUAAGGGAACAUUUGAUUUGACAUUGAUCAUCAUCAGAUGCCCUGUAUCUUGUGACAUUUUUAACAUAUAUAUAUCAUAACAUGACAUCUUUGGCUUCUUUUUUAUGUAUAAAACCGGAACCCCACAUUGUUUAAAUAGUAAUUUAAUGUUCCUCAAUAAAAUAAUAAAAGUGGCAAUUUGUGACAUAACCCGUAUAAAUUUGACAUUCCGCCAAUGAUGCUACAAUCAUAAUUAUGUAAUAUUUUUAUCGUUGUAAAAAAAAAACUUAUGUAUAAAUAAGCAUGAAUGCUGACAUGAUCAUUAUUACAAGCGGGUACCUGUUAUUUUCGAUUGUUUCCGAUUAGACGCACCACAAUUAGUAGUACCAUUGAGUAACACUGCUACUCAUUAAGACAGUCGGUGGUUGAAUCUGCAAGGUUAAAAUACGUAUGGCGUAAAUAAUACAGGUUGGCCAUCCCUUUUUUCAUUUAUUCAUUCAUUUUCGAAGUUACUUACUCAUAAGUUUGAAUACUGUGAGGGAAAAACAUCGUGAGGAAACCUGCACAUUCAGAAAACUGGAUGUGUAACCAUGAUCGAUCCAAUAUGCAUUAGGUUUUCUUGCAAAGGUUGCGUUCUCGAUCCACACGCGGGAAGUAUAGGUUAAAUUCCCCCCUAA